ACAAAAAUAGUCAAUUUAUAGCAGAAGUCGAGCGUUUCCGACCACGAGUUCGAUUCUGCGACGAAUGGGACUCCAAAGAUGCGGAGAGCGGUAUUCUCCCACCAUGUGAUCUGCACGAAACAUCUGGAAGAACCACAAACUAUUUUAAUUUCGCUUUGUGAGCUAACAGGAACUUAGAGAUCAUUUUAACAACGCGGAAUUUAUGUAGAAUUGAGGGACAUUUACGCUUUCAUUUUCUGAACAUAUCCGCAUUUGAUAACGAAACUAAUUGAAGCGAUAUGACAGAGGAAUUGGAUCUUCUCCAUCUCAAGCGUUUGCAAUGCUUCAACGAUGCAGUAUUUGCCAUUGUGGCGACCAUUUUAGUUCUACCUAUCAGAAAACUCGAGGAGAAUGCGACAGAAAGCUCCAGCCUUGCCGAUCAACUUAGCGACAAAUGGCCGCAGUUAUUGAUCUACCUUGUAGGAUUCCUCGUAAUUUGUGCCGUAUGGGAAUCGCAUGUUGUGCGCUUCCGUAUCUUGUCACGGCUCGAUGAUGUGCUAGUCUGGUUAAACCUUGGAUCGUUGCUAUUCACUUCGUUUCUCCCUUUCACGUGCGCUUUAGAGGGAAUGUUUACCUACAAGUACCUUCCCAUGAUGUUGAUCUGCGGAAACCUGCUCGUUCUCGAAAUCCUGGAGGUGAUCAUGAUCGUGUACGCCUUUCAUCAUCCACGGCUGCUGGACCCCGAGUUUGACAACCUCUCCCAUCAAGAAAUCAAACAAAGGAUGAAGCUGAUGCUGGUGAAGAAAGCUGUUAACCCCUUCCUAUAUAUUUUAGCUGGUGCAGUUAGCUUGGCCAAGAUAGAAUUGGCCCUUAUUGUUGUGGCGAUUGUUGUCUUCUCUCCCUGCAUUAAUCGCCUCGCGGGUGUUAUCUAUCGCAAAUGGACUCGUGUGCAUCUAACUGGAUCGGAGUUCGAUCGCAUGUUUGGGAAUUUCAUCGACAAAGAGAGAGUGGAGUUUUUCAGUGAUGGACUUUUCGCGAUUGUUUCCACUCUGUUGAUCCUAGAUAUCACUGCUGAAGAUUUUCCAACGGAAGAGGAAGUCAACCACCAUGGCAUCCAGAGCACACUCCUACACAUGAAGUCGGAAAUUUUCACGUAUGGAGCGACGUUCGUGGUGGUCGCGCUUUUAUGGUUCACGCACCACUCGCUAUUUCACUACAUUGAGAAACUGAAUCAAGUCAUGCUCGUUUGUAACAAUAUUUCCUUGGCCUUCGUGGGUCUUGCUCCUUUAAUCAACGUAACGCUUAACCGUUAUGCAGGGCAUGGCAAACCCGAUAGCCGUCUUGCAGUGCAAAUCGGGGCGAUAAUUGUAUUCAUGGCCAGCACCAGUCAGGCUGUAGUGUUUGUGAUCGCCUUAUGCAAGGGUCCGAACUAUCUAGUGGCGCGCGCGAAUCCUAGCGUGGGAUCUCGUACGCACGCGUAUCUCGCGUUGAAGAUGGCCAUACUUCCACUGAUAACGCUCGUGGUAUAUUUAGUAGCCGCGCUGUGCCAGCAUGCUUCGCUCUCUGAUGACGUGUAUCACAUCGCUGCAGGACUGACACCCAUGAUAUUCAUUCUCAUGAAAAUCGUGUUUUCCUGUUUCAAGGUUCACUGUAACUGCAGACAGUGGAGAAGGGGAACGGUGCGACAAGGCGAUUCGGAAUUUUACUUUUUUGCAGGAGGUGACUAAAAAUAAAAUGAAGUGCAUAAGGGAAGAGAACAAUUCCAAGAAACUUCAGGAACCAGAAAUGCAGGACUAGAUUUGUAUUUCAAAGUGUCUUCUUUAAUAGAGCGUGAAUCCAUGAUGAUCGAGAAUAUUUUGUGCAUGACGCUACUGAGCAUGAUGUAUUUACAACUUCGUAGUUUUCAAGUGGAAGCCGUAUUCGUGCACGAUAGCAAUCUAACCAUUAACAGCCAUAUAUCAAUAUGCAUAUUCUCCUUACUGUUCUCUGUACAUUUCGUGAGGUGUUGACAAGGAGAACUUAUUUAACAAUCAAGAGCUUCUUUAGCAGAUGAUCAUUAAGUUUAUUCUUGUCACCUUAAUGCUUAAUUCAGGGAUGAUUUGUAGGGAGAAAUUAGAUGCUAGUCACUCUCCAGGGUUAGGGGAGUUUCUCUCCUAGUAACAUGUUAAGGUAAUGAUUCCAAACUAGUAAAAGAUUAAGAUCCUAUAUUCAAAAUAAUACUUUUUAAUGUACUGCAAAAUAAGGGAGGCACGUUUCUAAACAAACUGGUGCUGCGUCGGUGGAGGAGUAUAACAAGAACAUUUGGUUUUAUCAACUGAGUUGAUGAUGUAACCUGGCCACCGUAAGGAGCUUCUGAGAUGCCGUUUCGAGCGUUAGCCCUUCGUCAAAGCUCUGACAGUGUUGCUAUUUACAUUAUCAACUCAUUCGAUAAAACUAACAUUAUCUUAUUGCAAAAUAAGAUUUUAUUAUGUCUUUAUAUCUGAGAACUCCGCUCAGAAAACAGAAGCACGCCAUUGGUAACGUUCAAACAAUUCUUUAUUGAAGACUUUUCAUUUUAAUAAUAAUAUCUCAAAUAAAUCUUACUUUGACUUGCAUCUAGAAUUCUCGUAGAAGGUAUGUCACUCUUGUGCAAACUCGACAUCAUAAAUAUCGAAUUUCUUUUUAAAGGUCCUUUAAAAAAAGGAUCUAAAUAUUUGAUUUUGAAAAUAAUUCAUUAAAAACCGUAGCUAAUCUUCCUUUAACUAUAAAUAUUGAAAAAUACGUUUACAGUAUGCAAAACGCUGCUGUACAAUUGCACAGUAUCUACACGAGUGAUAGAAUUUUAUACAGUAUGUAUAUUGUUUUACUUUACUUAAACACAUAAAGGUAUAAACGAGAUACCAAUAAAGAGGUAAUUACAGCUUUCA